CUUGGAGGGAGCGAAUUCUUGAUCCAGGAAGUGAAGUUAUCUUACAGUGGAACAGGGUUUUUCUCUUUUGGUGCUUAGUAGCUUUAUUUGUUGAUCCAUUGUUUUUUUAUCUUCCAUCAGUAGAAAAGAAUGGUAACGGUUCAUGUAUGACAACUGAUUUGAAUUUGGGGAUCAUUGUAACUUUUUUCCGAACCUUUGCCGAUAUCUUUUAUAUGUUGCACGUGGUUAUAAAGUUCCGGACAGCUUAUGUAUCUCCUAGUUCAAGAGUUUUUGGAAGGGGUGAACUUGUUAUGGAUCCAAAGGAGAUUUCAUGGCGGUAUCUAAAAUCGGAUUUUUUCAUUGAUCUGCUGGCGGCACUGCCCCUUCCUCAGAUAGUGAUAUGGUUUAUUAUACCAGCAGUCAGAAGCUCCUCUGCUGAUCAUACAAACAAUGCGCUUGUGUUGAUUGUUCUGCUCCAAUAUGUUCCACGCUUAUAUCUGAUUUUCCCAUUAAGUGCCCAGAUUAUCAAAGCCACUGGAGUUGUCACAAAGACUGCUUGGGCUGGUGCUGCAUAUAAUCUUGUGCUGUACAUGUUGGCCAGUCAUGUCUUAGGAGCAUCGUGGUAUUUGUUGUCAAUUGAACGGUAUGCAACAUGCUGGAAAUCUGAAUGCAGAAAGGAAUUUAGUCCUGCAAAAUGCUUUCUCUAUUACUUGGACUGUGGCACACUGAGUAAUGAUGAUCGGCAGUUAUGGGAGAAUAGUACUGUUGUGUUUAAUAACUGCGAUCCUACAAACUCAAAAGUUUUCCAAUAUGGCAUAUUUGGAAAUGCAUUGACAAAUAAUGUUGUCUCCUUAAAGUUCCUUGAGAAGUAUUUCUAUUGUCUCUGGUGGGGCUUACAGAAUUUGAGUUCUUAUGGCCAGACUUUGACCACAAGCACAUUCAUUGGGGAAACCAUGUUUGCUAUACUCAUUGCUAUUUUGGGUCUGGUUUUGUUUGCUCAUUUAAUUGGAAACAUGCAGACCUAUUUGCAAUCCAUCACUGUGAGACUUGAGGAGUGGAGACUUAAGCGGCGAGACACUGAGGAGUGGAUGAGACAUCGCCAGCUCCCUCAAGAUCUUAGAGAACGUGUAAGGCGAUUUGUUCAGUAUAAGUGGCUUGCAACUCGAGGAGUUGAUGAAGAAUCAAUCUUACAUGCGCUACCUACAGAUCUUCGCCGAGAUAUCCAACGCCACCUUUGCUUGGACCUUGUUCGAAGGGUUCCAUUUUUCUCACAAAUGGAUGAUCAGCUACUAGACGCCAUAUGUGAGCGCUUGGUAUCCUCCUUAAGUACUCAGGGUACCUACAUAGUUCGUGAAGGUGAUCCUGUUACAGAGAUGCUUUUUAUUAUCAGAGGGCGGCUGGAAAGCUCAACUACAAAUGGGGGCCGAACAGGUUUCUUCAAUUCAAUUACUCUAAGACCAGGCGACUUUUGUGGUGAGGAGUUGCUUGCUUGGGCAUUGCUGCCAAAAUCUACUGUCAACUUGCCUUCUUCUACGAGAACUGUGAAGUCCCUCGUCGAGGUUGAAGCCUUUGCAUUAAGAGCUGAAGAUUUAAAAUUUGUGGCCAAUCAGUUCAGACGCCUCCAUAGUAAGAAGCUACAACACACAUUUCGUUUCUAUUCCUACCACUGGAGGACGUGGGCUGCAUGCUUCAUUCAGGUGGCUUGGCGUCGUUUCAAGAAGAGGAGAAUGGCUAAAAGUCUUGGCACAAUGGAAUCAUUCUCAUAUAAUAAUUAUGAGCAAGUGUCUAAUGAAAGAGAGCAAGACGAUGAAGAUCAUAGUAGUACUGAAUCAUCAUCUUCUGCUCAUGCUAAGCAACACCUAGGUGUUACAAUACUGGCUUCAAAGUUUGCUAAAAAUACGAGGAGAGGAGCUCAGAAAAUUAAGGACGUUGAAUUGCCAAAGUUGCAAAAACCUGAGGAGCCAGACUUCUCAACAGAGCCAGAUGAAGACUUGUCUAUCUAACUCCAUUAAAGUAGCACUUGCUAGGUUUCUGAAACUCUAUUUUUUCUUUUUUUCCAAGUAGUCAUGGCUUAAGCUGUUAAUAAUUUGUAUAAUGUAUUUAAGCCUAUGCCAACAUUAGUAAACAUGUCCUGUUAAUAGGAGAUCUUAUUAUAGUUUCAGCAACCCAAAGGCAUUAGGGAGCGGAUCAAAUUAAUCCAAUUUACCCAUAUCAAACUAGAAUCCCAGUAUAGAUUUGAUACCUUUUGCAGUAAUUUGUUCUACAGUUCCAUCACUACUUUGCCCUACGAUUUGUGUCUUAUAUCAUUGCACAAAUUCU